AAUACGGUGUACGUUUUCGUUUCUUUUUACAGGAGCUGCCGUUACAAAGGCCUGGCCUAGUAGAAAUCCCAAGUCAGCUGUGACAUCAAGAUCAAGAUCGAGAGCCGGGUCCACUCAGCUGAUCGGCGUCCACGAGUGCCAGCCGCCUCCCCGCCGCCUAGUGUCAGUGCCGCCGCCCGCCACGCCUUUGCCGCCCAGCAUGAGGGCUGCGUUACUCAGGACGCCUCUGCUCGCCAUGAGGCAAAGUUGCUGGCUACACUUGGGCCCCCCUCGCUGGGCAGUCAGCAAGUCACUCCUGGCAGCGCCAUGAAGAGGACUGGCUUCUCCAUAUCCAAUUGCAAGAAGGCGCUGGAGAUGCAUGAGAAUGACGUGGAGAAGGCAGAGUCAUGGCUGCAGGAACAAGCACAGGCACAGGGCUGGGAGAAGGCCACUAAACUCUCUGGCCGUAAGACAGCCCAGGGCCUCGUCGGCAUCCACAUAGAAGGCCAGAGUGGGGCCAUGGUGGAGGUGAACUGUGAGACCGAUUUUGUGGCCAGGAAUGAAAAAUUUACAUCCCUUGUCUCAGAGGUGACCAGAGAUUUCUUUGUCCACGGUGGAACGCAAGCGACGCAGACGCUGGGCAUAGUGAAGGAAUCGUUCUCUGAAGAGCAGCUCAAGACACUGCCAGUGGGCGAUGGCAAGACACUUGGGGACAAACUGGCGCUGGCAAUUGGCAGCAUCGGGGAGAACAUGAACCUUGCCCGGGCCACUCGACUCAACCCAAGCGACACCCAGUUAGUUGGCUAUUGUCACCCCAGUACUGUGGACGAGGACUUGAAGCUGGGACGCUAUGGGGUGAUAGUGGCAUUCAAGGCAUCAGGGCCACUAACUGAGGUGGCCAAACAGCUCUGUGUCCACAUCAUAGGGAUGAACCCCAAAACCAUUGGCAUGGAGUCCGACCCCAAGGCUGAGAAUCCUGAUGAGGAGAAAGUAUUGGUGCACCAGGAGUUUCUGAGUGACCCAGAAGUGACGGUGAGCGAGGUGUUGCAUCGCGAGGGAUUGAACAUAGUGGACUUUGUGCGUUACGAAGCAGGAGAAACCCAGGAUAAGGCAGAAUAGUGAAGCAUGGGUGGUGGUGGUGGUGGUGAGGGUUGCUUUGGCUACAGGGGUAGAAAUAAACUUUUCUUGAAGGUAGUCAGUUGGGCUUGUAAGUAAUGUUGAGUAUUCGCUGUAGCCUUUUCUAACAUCACCAUGUGACAACAGCUUAAUCACCUCAUUCUUAUUGGUUAUGUUAUGAUCUGUUCUCUUGAUAUAUUUCCGGCCACAGGAGAAAAAUGCAAUUAAAUGUACUUUUUAUCAUCAACAUUCUAUGAAGGAUUGAAAGAUACCAAAGUGCGAUGACACAGCUGGCCACUUUAUGCUGUCACCGUGAGCGAGAUAGAGGUAAAGGAAGGAAGCUUUUGCCAUAGGGGGAAGCUUUGUUGAUAGACUGCAGCCCUGUCUGAAGUCUGAGCCAUUUACUAAUGCAAGAUACUCUCACCCCUUUUAUAUUUUAUUUGACUUGAGUGGCCAGGCUUGUGUGAAUUUGACCCUUUGACUGUGUGUUAGGCCAGGAACCCACUCACCCACCCCCUUCAGCCUUGUAUGCAGUCUCCUCUCAGGGUAGGGACAAGGCCAUCUUUGAUGCUGUUUCUGAUAAAGACUUCCUUGCAUUAAAACUGUGCAGUGUGUCCAUGUAGUCAGGUUUGGGCAUCUGUGUGUGCUCUUUCUGAGGUGGACAAGAACCCUUACAACAGUAUUUUUGUAGAGACAAGGAUUACAAUAGCUGAGACUUGGAGGCUCAGCAAAGCCAGAUGCCAGUCACAUAAACACCAGGGCAGGGCAGGGCAGGGCAGGGCACACAUUGAUAUUUAGGCAUCUUAAGCUGCAUACCAUUGGUUUAAUUAUAAUUGUGCAUGUCAGUGAGCAGGGUAGCUCAGCACAACACAAGUACAGAUUUGAGCCCACCUGCACAGCUCUCUCUUUUUACCGGCCCAUAGCACUGGUAGACUUUCUCGAUGGGAUUUGUUGGUCAGCCCCAGCCCGUUAGUGGCAUGGGUAAAUAUAUUUUAUAGUGGCAUUAUUCUUGCUUGGCUUGUGCUGCUCCCCAGAACUCCUUUUGAUCAUCUUGAGAUAGUUAGUUUUUCCAAAGUCUGGGUUGAUAGCUGUUCAUCAGGACAGCAUGUUGGUUGUCUUUGGGCACUCGGCCAUGGCUGAAAAUUAUCGACUUGUAGCAUCAGGUAAGAUUUGAAUGUGGUUCAGUUCACCACGCCUGCACCCUGACCACCCAGCCACCGCCUUUCCUUCAAAGCUGCAGCAGAGAAAUGGUAAUUUGCUUCUCAGUGUCAUUCAUCAAGGCACUUUUAGAGGCUGUCAGCUGUCCAGGAAUGCUGUAUGGCAUGACAUGGCAUGACUUACAGAAUAUGAAAAGUGCUUAGACGAGAUAUCAUCAUUAUGACAUCACACAAAACUCAUAAAGAUGAGCAAACAUUCUGCCAUUUCAUGAUGAGUAUGUUUUUAUAUUUUUUAAAUACCUGCUGAAAUGCUAGCCUUUUUGUUUGACAGAACCACACAGAAUGACAGGCUGGGUCUCAAUAUGACUUGCACUGUGUCGUGUUAGGUUAGCAGUGUUGUCAACAUUUGUUCAGGUGCAUCUCAACACCUUCUUGUGCCUCUUCUUAAUUAAAACUCUGAUAUGAGUGA